AUGUCUGUAACGACUUCCCCUUCUCCUUCCAUCAACACCAACAAUAACAGCAGCAACACUCUUUCCUCCUCUUCCCAAUUUUUUCCAAAUUCUUCUUCUUUCAAUUCUUCUUCUUCCGAAUUAUUGAAUCAUCAGCCUUCGAUAUCGGUAACAGGAACAACAACAACAAUAACGGAAGAGGAAGAACGAAAAUCAUCAUCCAAUGUCCAUAAUAAGAAUUCUAUUCGUUUCAAUAAUCACCAUCAUUCAAAUAUAACAAACAACAAUAAUAAUAACGUAAAUACAAUUAUUCCAACAACAAGAAUAAUAACUGAUGCAUCAUCAGUUGAUAGUAACAUUUCAUCAUCAUUGACCACUACGGAGAAUCGGCUCGUGGAAAAUAAUGAUCAAGGAGGAAUUUCGAUACCGCUGUCAACUGUCAAACCAACUGCUACCAACAACAACAACACUCUCUCCCAAUCACAACCACUCGCCAUUCAUCAUCAAAUUGAAUACGCUCUUCUCCAUUCCACUUGUAAUAACACCCAUAGUAGCAGUUGUAGUAGUAUGGACGAUGAUUUGGAUGAAGACGAUCAAUCCGUGUCCACUCCAAUUUCAAUUCCAAGCAUCCCUUCCACUCCUUCUCAAUCCAAUAUUCUUACAACCGCCACGACAACAACAAAUGAAUCUGUCAAUCCCUCUUCGACAACAAGCUCAACAAUGAAUUCGACCACAAGCAGCAGCAACAACAACACGGUGACACCCAUCCGAAAACAAACCGAAGAGCUCGAAGAUUGGGAAAUUAUUGUUCGAAAUCGAAAUGCUCAACAAAUGAAUCGAAUGGCGAAUACAAAUUUAUUGACUGAUAGUAAACCUUCGUCGACGGUUUCAACACCCUUGUCACCUUCAACGCCCCAACAUGCCUAUCAUCAACAACCUCAACAACAACAACAAAAUAACGACGAACCAUCCGCCGAUUCAACAUCUUCGACACCAAUUUCGAUGGACAAGAAAAAAGGAAAUCAAUUAUGGUCAAAAUUGAGAAAAUCAUUCAAUGUCAAGAAAAAUGCAUCCUUCGAAGAAUCGGUCGUGUCCUCGAAUUCGAACGGCUUUAGUGGAGGUGGUGGUACGGGUUCUUUGGGAUAUUCAAGCUCAAAAAGUUCAUCAUUUAAAAGCGUCACUGAUUCUGCAACUUCAUUGACAAGCUCAAAUGGUUCUAUCGGCGUGCUGCCGUCACAAACCGUGCGAGUCCCUAUUGGAUCAGCCGUUUUCACCAAUUCUCAACAACAACCAAAGAGUAUAGAAAAUGCCUCAAAAGACCAAAGUUUUUUAGAAUUUUUGGAUAGCGUCGAUUGUCGAAUGAAUGUGGUUUCGAUCGAUUCGUUAGAUGAUGGAAUUUCUGUAAGCUCCUCAACCAUGGCCUCUUCAUCUUCGACGAGCAUAUCAAUUGCACCUGAAUUGAAAAAGUCAAAAUGGUGGAAACCUUUAAAGAUUAUCAAGAGCACGAUCAAGAAACAAUUACGAGAAGAAAAGCGAGAAUCGAAACAAAAGACACAAAGCAAUUCGACGAAUAGCAGCGCAAGUCUUACUCUUUUGACAAGUGGCAGUAGCAGUCAAACAGCACCGUCUUCAAGUGACACUCUCUCAACAACUACCUUACAAACCAGUAGUAGCGAUGAAAAAUUUAGUGUAUUGGUUGUGAGCAAACAAGCAACAACCAUGAGUGCUGCAGAAGAUGAAAUGCGAAAUUGUUUACAAGAUCCAAUUUGUAUGCAAUUAUUUCAUGAUUUUUGUUGUCAAGAAUGUUCUCAAGAAAAUCUCGUGUUAUGGAAAGAGCUCAAUAAGGUCAAGGCUAAUUUCAAGAAACUAUCCGAUCGACGAAGAAGUCGAAGUUUAAAAUCCAUCCAUGCCAAAUUCUUUGCCCCUGACGCAGGUGACAGCUCCGCUUUGGAAGUGAAUGUGAGCGGAAAAACAAAACUUCAAAUUGAGGAACAUGCAAAUAGCAACCGAGUGAGCCUUCAAUCAGGUGCCAAUGUGUUAAAUAAUUUGCAACGAGAUUGUAUGAAUAAUUUAUGUGACAGUUUUUCGAGAUUUAUUUUAACAGAAGAAUAUCGACAGUGGAGACAAAUGCGAUUUGGUUUGGAUGAUUUUUAUGAAGAUCCAUGUGCAAGUAAUACCACUUCGACCACGCCUUCAACCAUGAUGCCUUCGACCACCAAUACUACGACUUCAUCGAACACAGAUUCUGAAAUUAAAUAA